AUGCCUUUCUAUUUCUUCUACCUACUUAUAUUCUCAGAGUCUGACAGUACCAAUUGGAACCAGAUAGAGUUAUUCCAUGCUGGCAAAAAGGUCACGAUUUGUGGUCCAGUAAAAUCAAAAUUCUGUCUCCCUAAAAUUAGCGUUGGCAAGAAGACUGAUGCUGUAUACUUCCAGGCUGUCCCACCAGACUACACUGAAGAAAUAGCAGCACUUGCAAAAGCCACAGAUGAAAGACUUCCUCUUCAGGCUACUGCUGAUCAAAUCUGGAUAGGACAAUUAAGAAGUGAAGCAGGCUUACAAGAUGUUGACAGCUCCAUCAGCAAUUUUCUAUUGGAGACAAUUGAGGAUUGUUGUCUCUGGGAAACAAAAUGGCUAAAUAUAUUCUAUAGAUUGCCGAUGGAGAAGAAGGCGUUGCUGCUGAAACCAAAGCACCAAGAGAGAGCAAACGCCAGAGAUACUGUAGACUACAAUAAAAGCCUUAAGUCUGCUUUUCAGGCGUGUAAGCUGAAGCCGGGAACCAAGAAAGAAGAAUUAGUUCUCCGCAUUUACAACUUCAUGUGGAUACCACACUGGCGAGCCCAACCGUCCACAAUCCUUCGUGUCUUUUAUACUCUCGCCCUCCCUCCCUCCCCUCCUCAUAUUGACUCAUACCAUGUUUUGGGUGGUGUUCUUGCCGCAGUGUGGAAAGCGUACUGGCGCACAAUUUUUGACGAUGUGCCUUUUGUUCCUGCCAAUGUAGUUGUUUCUGUGAACAAAUCGCUUCAAUUUUUCUUUCAGUCUUCCCAUUUCCUAGACUAG